CAUGUAUAAACGCGGCGAAGCUGUCUUGCUACCUUUUGGAGGUGGGUGUUUGUUCAAGGUUUACAUUAGGUUACUAUAGGGUUAUUGGCGCCUGUGGAUCAAAGAUGCCCAUGUUUGUAGUGAACACCAAUGCCCCAGGAAGUGCAGUAACAGACUCCCUGUAUGAAGAGUUAACGAAGGAGCUGGCCAAGGCUAUGGGCAAACCUGAACAGUACAUAGCCAUUCACAUUAAUCCUGAUCAGCGCAUGUGGUUUGGAGGUACAUCAGAACCCUGUGCACUCUGCAGUUUGUGCAGCAUUGGACAGAUUGGUGGUUCACGAAACAAGACUUAUUCUAAGCUGCUUUCUGAGAUGCUGAAAAAACACCUUGGCGUACCUUCUGACAGGGUCUACAUCAACUUUCAUGACAUGCCUGCCUCAAAUGUUGGAUGGAGUGGUUCCACAUUCUGAAUGCUGCUGCAAAUGUGCAUUGUUCUACAACAGAGUACACUGCUAAUCAUGUUAAAACUAGAACAAGUGCAUAAAACAGCAAAUGCAUUCCUAACUGUAGAAUUGUCUCUUUGCUAUAAAGACUAGUAUCACUCAUCUAAAGUGGCUUCUUGCCUGUCUGAAGAAAUGUGCAAAAUAAAAUGUACAAAUUAA